GCAACCACGAGGACCUCCCGCUUUUAGCAGCACCUCGGUUCACCCGCCGCUCACGGGUGAACCGUAGAAGCACCGGAGCACUCGACGGAACAGCUGCUGCCUGCCGUGUCUCUCUCCGCGUGCCUGCGUGCGAUGUGUCUUCCACGUGCUUAGCUCCUUCACGUGCUCCGUCGUGCGCAAGCAGCUGAUCCGCUGUGUUUAUCAAGCGGUGGGCUUGGGUUGAGGUUUUCAUAUUCACGCUUUGGCUGCUGCGAGCAGUUUCAGUUUCUAUCGGGAGGCAAGCGGGAAGCCAGCUGCCUCUCUAUAUAUAAGCAGACGUUUGCCUCUGAUUUAGUUUUUUCCUCUGCGACAAUUGACGUCAGUCUGUGGAGCAUUUUCAUAAUUCUCUUAAGAAAGGUGCAAGUCAAAAUUUCGGCCGGAUUUCAAAGCAGCGUCUUCAAAAUAAAACAAGCCUCGAAGGAAAACGUUCACGUUGGAAUACGAAGUAGCGCUGCUGGUAGCUUGGCUCAAGUUAUUUAUCUUUCGGUUUUAAUUUAUUUAUUUGUUAAAACAAUCUUCAAACCCGUGUUGGACAGCCGGGACCCACAACCCAGAAUGUCAUCCCACCCCGGAGCACCGACUCCCAUGGAGAACGGAGUGGACCCCGCGGGGGUUACGCCCAACACGCGGGACGGGGAGACGGAGGUUCUGGGCGAAGCGGAGGACUGCAGGAACCCCACGGAGGUGGAAAUGACCCAGCUGGUCAUGCCGUGUCACGCCAACCACCUCGGGGAACUGAGCACGGGUCAGAUGCUCAAGUGGAUGGACGUCACUGCCUGUCUAUCUGCGGAGAGGCAUGCAGGCCUGCUGUGCGUAACGGCCUCCAUGGACGACUUUCAAGUAGAGGAAGCCAUAAAGGUUGGCCAGGCGGUGUACAUCAAGGCCCAGGUGAACCGGGCGUUUAACACCAGCAUGGAGGUGGGGAUUGAUGUUCGCGUUGAGGAUCUGUCAACCGGCAACCAGAAGCUGGUGUGCAUGGCCCACUCGACGUUCGUGGCUCGAUCGCUGAGUGGCGAGAAGGUGCAGCUGCAGGCGCUGAUACCGCGCACGAGCGAGGAGAGGCUGCAGCACACGCUGGCGGCGGAGCGGCGCCGCAUGCGCCUGGCCCACGCCGACACCAUCCUCGAGCUGGUGCACAGCUGCCCCUUCCAGGACGUGACACUGGGGCCGAACGUCGACUACGGGAAGGAGCUGGUGCCCGCGGCGCGUACGCGGGUGCACAGCGUGGAGCUAGUGCUGCCCCCUCACGCCAACCACCAGGGCAACACCUUCGGCGGGCAAAUCAUGGCGUGGAUGGAAGCCGUCGCCACCAUCUCCGCCAGCCGCCUGUGCCGCGCCCACGCCACCCUCCGGGACAUCGACAUGUUCCAGUUUCGUGGGCCGUCGCAGGUCGGCGAUCGCCUCACCCUCAAGUCCAUCGUCAACAACGCCUUCCGCAAGAGCAUGGAGGUGGGGGUAUGUGUGGAGGCGUACCGCCAGGGAGACUGCAGCCCCGCGUCUCUACGCCACAUCAACAGCGCAUUCAUGACGUUCGUCGUGCUGGACGACAACGGCGAUGCGCGCACGCUGCCACGCAUCAAGCCCUACGCCGGGGACGGUGAGCGGCGCUACAGAGAGGCCAUCGCCCGCAAGAAGAUUCGUCUUGACAGGAAGUACAUCUUGUCGUGCAAGCAGAACGAAGUGCCGCUGUCUGUUCCCUGGGACCCCAGCAACCAGGUCUACUUGAGCUUCAACAACGUCUUGGCUCUGACGCUAUUGGCCAGCCGAGGGGCAUGGGAGCUCGUUUCCGUCCAGAAUGGGAUCAAGCUGUACAGCUGCGAGGAGGGCGGCCUGCUGUCGUUCCGUAUCGAGAUGCGUGCCUGCGUCUCUGCUGAGCAGGCCUUCCUCCUGCUCUCUGAUCUGCAGCACCGCGCCGCCUGGGACAAGCACUACCAGAAAUGCAGUCUGAUCCAGGCGGCGGAUGAAGAUGAUGCCAUUUACAGCGUGGAGAGUCUGGCCAUCCGCAAGGGCCUCAGGCCUCAGGACUUCGUGGUGCUCAUGUCACGCCGCCAGCCCUGCCAGACCAGCAGGGACCCGUACGUGAUCGCCUUCCGCUCCGUCACCCUCCCGGCGGCGCCGCCGUCCCCAAACUUCACGCGGAGCGAGGUUCUGUGCGCCGGCUUCAUCGUGCAGCAGCUCAACAGCAGCGAGACUCGGAUUUCUUAUUACAACCAAGCCACACCGGCCGUGCUGCCGUACAUUUCCAAGGACAUCGCGGGCCUCUCGGUUGAGUCCCAUGCACUUUUCCUGGCCUGCAAAACCUUCCUGGAGAACAACUCCAAACUGUGAUCGGCGUGCGUCUGUCCGGGUCGGGGCGUGUGUGGGGCACGGCGGGUUGUAGGCCCCCGACUCCCAGCACCUCGCAGACACAGAAGUCACGACUCCACGGAGAGAGAACUUGUCGCUGGUCUUUGUCCAACGAUGGCGACGGUGGGUGUUUUCAAACGUGGUUUGUGUGAAUAGAAUCGAGGAAGCGAUUGCAGCCGGAAGUUGCAGUGGCACGGACUACUUAAGACCGGAUCCUUCCACAACUCGUGGAAUGUGAUGCAGACAAAUGCAUGGUGCAAUUUUUUUUUGGAUGAACGUCAUGCAGUUUGAAACAAGGGGAGUUUGGUGCCUCCAGUUCAUAUUUGCAACGAGUUCCACCUGCGGAUUUAGUAAUUGUUAGUGAUGCGUGCUGGUGAUAAUUGGAGUUGAGCACGGUAGAAACCACGAGGUCAAGAUGUGGGGCCUGAGUAUAGAACGACUUAGGCAAUUAUAUAAUUUGCAGAAGAUAAAACUUGACAUAACUCCCGUUUCCAUAAAACAUUUAUACAAUUAAGCUUCGUAAAGUUAGGAGAUAGUUUAUGGGUGGUUAGGACUAUCCGACGGUUGAUUGUCAUAGUGAAAAAAAGGAAACCAAUAAAUCACCGGGCGAUGAUGUCAUGGCGACCACGUUGCAAUGGGCGACGUUACGAUGGCGAUGUUGCAUCUGGUUGCUUCCUGGCAACUGAUUGGCUGGUGUAGUGGGAGUGAUGAUGCAAUCGCUAGCAACCGCUGCCACACCCACAUCAUUGCUAACACUGGAGAACACCUGCAUUUUCCUUAGAUUUUGUAAAUACAUUUUCUCUGUCAUUUCGGACCUUGCUACAAUCGCAGCUUGCCGGAUUUACUCAGGCACUUGCUGAGUCGAGCCCUUGUGUGCUGUAUUACACAUCAUCUCUGUAUGUCCUCAAAAUGGAACGUAGGUUUUUAAAAUGAAAUAAUCAUAAUAAAGUUAGCAAUACUAUGGCAAUUUCUGUUCAGGUCAAAGGCAAUAACUGGUGCUAGUUCUCUUGAAAGGCUUUGAAGUGUUUUGUCUGUUGGGCCCUUGACAAUACAGUGUGGGAUCCUGGCAUCGUGUGUCAUAGAAGGGCUUGUCAGAUAAUAGGAUUCGUGGGGAUUAGGGUCACGGAUAAGAGGAGUUCUACUAUAGCAAUGCAUAACCCAAAUAUUGAGAGGCCCCUGCUCGGCUCUCUGGCCCCUACAUGAAUGUAUCCAGCAGAGGGCCACUUUCUUCCAGGGUCCCCUGCUCGUGCAACAAUCGCACCGUUGUUGAUACCCGGCCUCCACAGACGACACCGCAUGCCGCGUGGCAAUCACUGGUGAAAAUACACACUUUGUAGUAAUCGGUAAAGAUAAACAAACAUAUUUUCACGUUUACAAAAGUAGAAUGAAGGUGACUGAAUAACAGUUUAGGGAAUCUGUCAAGUUUUAACUGCCGAUAGCUUCAGCGUUCACAAUAAAUAAUGUUUUAAUUUUUUAUUUAGACUGUCCAAGCGAGACCAUCACAGGCACUUUAGGUAACGUGAUUAAGAUUUCAGCGACGUGUUCAUGGGUUCAGAGGCUGUGUUUAUAUUCACACACACACACAGCUACCUCCACGUCCAUCCUCAAUGACCGCUCCUAUCGGCUUCCUGACCGGAAGACUUCGGACAUAUAAUGUACACUUCUAAUACUGAAAUAGCUAAAGGUGCAUCCCUGCAAUGCCUCGCUCUCGCCACUGCUGCCGGAUGGCCUUAAUAAUGUAAUGUACUUUUAAGGCAGCAAUUAUUCACCCUAGGGAACGCGAGGCACCAGGCCACCUCAUCCCGAUGACAACCGCAGCCUUUAAACCAACUGUCUGUUAAGUGUACAUAGCCUUGACUUAAAGCUUUCGUGACUGCAGGAAUUCAUAUUCUUUGGGUCUUUCGGUAAAGCCACGUAGAUAGAAAAACUAAUACAAAUAUCACGACGUUUCGAUCGCAACGCAAGCAAUCGUUAUCAGGUUUUUUGUAGGUUUUUCACCUGAUGACGAUUGUUUGUGUUGCGAUUGAAUCGUCGUGAUAUAAAGACCCAAAGAAUAUGAACAUUGCCUUUUUUGCUAAUGCCCAUCGGUAGAGUCGAGAAAUUACUUUUGCUUAAUUGUUUUUUGUGUGUGUUUUUUAUUGAGAUGUUAUAGGCGUGGGAAUCCGGUGGAUGCAUUGUGUGUUCGUGUAUUAAGUAUAUUGACGCCUUGUGGAUUAUUUUAUGAAAUCAGGCUUGUGCUUUGUCAAGGAAAAUAUGUUGCCACACACUGGAUAUUAAAAUGUAAAAAAAUGUUGAACGCACAACUUUGAUGGAGCCAGAUCUAGCCACUGAUUGUAAUGUGACCUUUUAAACGUAUUCACUGUUACGUAACGUUAUCCCUUAUGAGGGAAUCAUCGCUUCAGUAUUGCCUUGCUGUCACUAGCCACAGCAGUGCCCAGGGCUGUUGUACAGAAAUUUGAGGUUUUGAAAAUUUGCAACGGUGUAAAAAAUAUUCACGCUAAUUUGUUAUCGAUGUCCUCCGUGCAUCGUGUACACGUGCCUGCUUUCUUGAUGCGGAUCAUUUUGCUGUUCUUGUAAAUAUGCAUUCGGAGUGACGUGGAGAGGCGUGCUGCCUCUGUUUUCUGCACAAAAUUCCACAAAUGAUGAUGAGAUUUAUUGCGCAUCUUUGUGAAAUUUAAAUCGCGUUAUUAAAAGCAGGCACAUUACCUCUAAGUCCUUCUAGAUACAUGGUACUUUAUAAUGACAUCAGAAAAUGUUGUGAACUUAUUUUCAGCAAACACUAACAUGAAAUAUAUAUUUCUCACACCAUUGUGGAGAAAUCCCCAUAUUCCCUUCAAAGAUAUUUUAACGAAGUCUCACAGAUUAUAUUUUUCCAGAAGGGAAUGAGACAUUGUAACAGUUGAGUUUUUAUGAACUCGUAAACACUUGCUUGCAUCCCACACGUACACAACUGCCUAGUUCAGAUGGACAUCUUCAAAGACUUAAUGACCUUUUUAAUCUUCUUGGUUCUUUCGGUAAAGUCACAUAGAAGGGAAGUAAUAAAAUAAUAAAAAUAAAACAUAAUAAAAUAAUUCUCACGACGUUUCGGCCACAACGCAAGCAGCCGUCCUCAGGUGAAACCCAGGUCUGUCGAGGCGACAGCGUCUGAAUGAAACAGCA